AUGUUGAUAAAUUCAAUGACAAGUGAACAUCAACAGCAGCAUCAUAAUCAUGCGACGACGAAUCAGCUGCCCCCUCCUUCCAACCACCACCAUCAUUCCAUAUUGUUGACGAAUCACUCCACAAAUACUUGCUCUGAUAAAACACCAAGCUCCACAUUAAACAUGACGCAUCAUGACGAUAUACCCAUGAGUGAUGUUGCAGCAAUUCAAAGUAAUAAUAGGAAUUCCAUGCCACCUCCUUCUUCGUCUCUCUUUACACAACAACAACAGCAAAACACGAAUCAUACUACAGGUGGUUCUAUUUUGGAUAUUUUGAGUAGUCAAUCACACAGUACAACACACCAUACCCACACCUCACGCAUCAAUGCAAGAAAGUCUUUGGAUCCAAGUGUUCUUGCCAACGCAACCACAGCACAUAUGGUGUCGUCCUCAAACAAUGCUAAUAAUAUCAUGAUACCUUCUCAACAACAGGCACAGAAUGGUGUAUCCCAUUCCUCUUCCGAUUAUUAUCAUCAGGACUCGCAUUCAGCAACAACAGCCUUUUCACCUCGAUUUUCACGUCAGUUUUCACAACCUCCACUCUUUCACAUGAAUAAUAAUAAUAGUACUACUCUUGCAAAUACGCAACAACAGCAACAACAACAAGGAACCACACAAGAGGCUUCUCUCUCCGAUGAUGAAGAAGGUUCAACCUCUCAGACCAAUGGUUCAUCUUCCAAUGCUGCCAAUGGUUCAUCUCGGAGAGUGAACUAUGCUUGCACAGAAUGUAGAAAAGCUCAUAAAGCUUGUAGUGGAGAACGACCUUGUGACCGAUGUAAAAAGUUGGGAAUGGAAGAUAAAUGCAAGAGUUCUGUCCGUAAGAAGAGAAUAUUAACCAAAAGAUAUUGGGUUCAUUUCAUGUCCAAUGGUACGAGCGGUGGGAACAGCACAACGAUGACAUCAUCAGACAUGAUGGACGAUAAUAGUGUGCAGUCACCAGCCACCAACGUGUCACAGCAGCAUCAAUCAUUCCCAAAUCUAAAUCUAAAUGUUGUGAAUAGUGCAAGUAGUAACAAUCCAAGAUCAUCUUCAAUGAAUUACAAACGACAUUCAAGUGCUACUCUUCCUUCGUAUAAUUCCAUUCGAAGACUGAAUGCUGGUUUGAGUGGUGGCAGUUCAACAAGUUUAACAAGUAAUUCCGAAUUGAAUGAUAAUGUCAGCAAUACCGUCAUGUUGAUGGACUCUUCAGAUAACAACAGCAAUAAUCGCUCUCCUCGGCAAGGUCCAUUCUAUCAUCCUUAUAAGAGUCCUCGUAUGAUGAAUCCUUCAGAGCAGCAGCUGCAACAACAACAACAGAAUUCGACAAACCAAGAGAGUAUGCACCUUGAUAACACCAAUCGUCAUGGUCACUCACAAACAUCCUCUCCGAGAGGUGGCCACCAUGCAUCAACCAUGAAUGUUUCAUCUCCUUUCACCAAUUCUCAACUGCAACCUCAAUCCAUGUAUCCAUCACAACAACCAUCGAUGACAGCUGUCCCCAUCUCUUCAACUGCCUUCAACAAUACGACUGUGUCUAGUACUGCUGGCUCUUCUUCCUAUCCAUCUUUCCCUGGACUUGAAGCAUACAAAUUAGAUCAGCCAUCUCCAAAUUCAGCGCUGACGACUAACAACCACAUGAAUCAGACAUCGUCGACGUCAAAUCCACAACAACAACAACAAGUGGAUCCUCAACAACAACAACAUUUACAUCCAAGGUCCUUAUCAGCCACAUCUGCUGCAUCCUCUUCAUUGGGUUAUCAUCACGGAAAAUCUUUAUCAGAUUCAAAUUUAUUACCUCCUCCAUCGUCGUUGCUGUAUAAUAAUAGUGGAAGUACGACCACAUCGACCUCACCAAACAUUUCACACUUGUCGAACACAUCUCUUCAUUCAACAACAACAGCAUCUCCAUUUGGAGGCGUUUCAGAAAGUACUAUCACUUCCUCCGGAUAUCUUAAUCAUUCGAAUAAUAAUGGCACUGGGUUACACAUUCCACCCAUACUGUUGGGAGAUGAACAGCAACCUAAUACUACACAAAUUCAACAUCAAGCUCAUCAUAGUCACCACUCUUCACCACAACAACUUCAUCCACAACUCUCUCCUUAUCCUCAACAAUGGUCAUCACAACAAGGUAAUGUCAACAACAAUACCACUCCUUCUUCAAAUACAAGCAGUACUACAGCGACACCUCGAGGACUCAUGUUUUAUGGAAAUAAUGGUUCUGCUAACGAUUUAGUCAAUUCACCUCGAGCGAGCUCCGAUUAUUUAUAUUCUCCAAGGAGUGAUUAUUCGAGCGAUUUUUCAUCCCUUACAAACAGUCCUCGAUUCGGUGCAGGCGGAACAGAUUCAAAUUCUUCUACACCAAGAGGUUUAAUUGGUUCCAUGAGUGGAAUGAAUAUUAAUGAAAAUAUGGAGGCGUCACAACAACCAUUUAAUCCGUUUUCUGUUACGAAUUCACAACUCAACACUCUGUCCACACAACCCAAUAACAACAACAGCAAUGGCACGCAAAGGUACAGAGGACAACGAAGUUCAGCUCAAUUCCAUCAUCAACAACUAUCCUACGAUUCUGCUUUAAAUGUUUCUGGAACGAGAAAGAGUAUUGCUGGAUAUUUAAAUCAUGCUGGAAAUAGGUACAGCUUGGGUUCAUUUGCAUAUUCACAAUUUCAUGGUUCUGCCUAUUCGAAUCCAUCCACCACCACCACCACGACGAGCAAUAAUUAUGGAUCUGGAAAUCCUCAAAUUAACAUUUCGAGCGAGACAUCUGGAAAUAAUGGAAUACUGCCCAACAACAUGGCUCCCAAUAAGCGACAUUCUCAACACUUUUCUAAUAACCCUCAUAACAGGUAUAGUUUAGGUCCAAACCAUGAAUUGCAUGGCUUGACCAUGAAUCAAUCAGCAAAUUCGAAUAGUAAUAUUAGUGGAAACACACAGAGCAACAAUCAUACACUUCUUCAUCCAACAACAAAAUAA